CAGCAUCAUCGACCAAUAUGGAGGUCGAAGAGCCAGCGCUCGCGGUGACCGAGUCCACCGUGGUGGAUCCGGAAGUUCGAGCCCAUGUCUACAGCCUUGUCACCGCGCUCGGGGGCUUCAACGGAGAUGAAGCGGACAAGUACGUCCUGGGUGACGAUGCAUUGGCAUGCUUGCGGGAUAUCAAGCGCUGGCUGAAACUCUACGACGAGAAGUACAACCGCAUGGACGUUGCGCGAUGCCUGGGAGAAGCGAACCUGGUCAACGGAGACCUGCUACCGAUCUUGUCGACGUUUGCGAACAGCACCAAGCAGACCAAAUAUAUGUCUCGGAUCGCCUUGGCGUGUUUGGAAAUCUUGGUGCCUCUGACUUGGCCAUUGGAGAUGCAAGGUGAAAUGACGGCCGACAACUUCAAACACAUCCCGUACCUACAACAUUCGCAUGUCGCAUAUAAGCGGGGGAUUCUUAGCCAUACCAGCACGGGCUAUCUCCGCACGAUCAUCCGCAUCGGCCUUCCGAGCAUGGCAACCCCGCGAUCCGAACGCGCCACUCGCGAUGAGGGUAUUCUCAAGUUGAUGCUCUUCUUCCUGCGCAAUAUUGCCCUGAUUACCCCGAACACUCGCCUGGCAGCUGAAGGGGACGAGGAGGAAACGUCCCGCUCGGCAACCAUCAAUGCCUUUCAGGAUCAGGACGUAUUCGCGCUCCUCCUCACCAUGUGCUCCAAUGUGGGAGACGACUUCAACCUUCAAGACGUGGCUCUCCUGGAGAUCUUGUUCUAUCUAGUCAGAGGUGUCGACGUCGAGAAGCUAUUCAUGAACAACACCCAACGAACCGCGGAGCGGACCGACGAGCUCGAUGACCUGUUACGGAAGGAGUCGUCGCUGCGGAGAGAAUAUGCGAAGAAUGCACCCACGCGGCACGGUCGAUUCGGGACCAUGAUCUGGGUGAAGCGUGACGACGCCAAAUACUCCACAGUGUCCGGGCAGAGUGUCCUCAAAGAUGACCAGACGACCUUCCAGAAGAUGGAUGACAGCAAGAAGUGGAACAAGCCUCAAUUCCGCCGGAAGGUGCAGGAUUUGACCACGUACAACGACUUCAACACUCCUGUGCUCCUCAACUCCGCGGCGUCUGAGAACCUCCGGAAGUUCGUGGAAGAGUUCCUGGAUUCAGGGUUCAACCCUUUGUUCACACACGUGCGCAAAGCAAUCGAACGGGAAGCGGAUCGGGUGGUCGACAUCAACAGCCGUCAGUUCUUCUACACCGUGUCCUGGUUUCUGCAGGCGGAACGGGCACGACGUGCACUUCAGCGGGAGAAACGGGCGCAAAGCGAGAAGCCUGGGAAGGAGACCGAGCCGGAUAGCUUCGGUCUGGUUGCCGGUGUGCUGGACCAGGAAACGUUCGUCUUCCUGAACAGAGCCAUGCAGUAUGCUGUCGACAGCAAGGACUGGCAAGAUCUCAUCGCCGAGAUGCGCUGUUUUACGCAGAUUCUGUUGACGAUCCAGGACAUGGUCCAAUCGCCACUUGAGGAGGACCAAGAUAUUGCCGAAAAUAUCCAGAAUCGGAUCUUUUACGAGGAGACCACGCAUGAUCGCGUGAUCGCUAUUGUUCGCGGUUAUGCCGAUCAAGGAUUCGGCUACCUGAAUGCAUGCACCGAGCUUACCCAUGUUUUCUUACGUAUGCUGGAACGCUACAGCAAAGAGAAUGUCGACAUGCAGGUGCGGUCUCGGCGGCGUGCCAGACGUAAGCAGAAGGAAACCGAGGGGAUCAUUGAGGGAGAAAACGACGAAGAGCACGGAUCCGAGGAUGAGGAUAUGAUGGAGGCGGAAAGGAUGUCGAAGGAGCGCAGCUUCGACUUCAGGCGUUUCGCCGCCAAAUUCUGCAACCAGAAAUGCGUCGACACUUUCAUCAACUUCACCAAGCAUUAUAGAGAGCUCAACACGGAGCAAUUGAAACGUGCCCACCGGUAUUUCUACCGAAUUGCCUUCAAGCAGGAGAUGAGCGUCUUGCUAUUCCGUCUCGACAUCAUUAAUCUUUUUUACCGCAUGAUCAAGGGGCCCGGAGCCUUGGAUUCAAGCAAGCCAAUUUUCAAAGACUGGGAAGAAUUAGUCCGUCAAAUCAUCCGGAAACUGACCAAGAAACUGGAACAGCGCCCUGCGCUGUUCGUCGAGCUACUCUUCAGCAAGAUCAACGCGACCACCUAUUAUCUUGAAUAUGGACACGAGCGGCAGACGCUUCCGACCAUCCGGAGAGCCCCAGCUGAGCUGGAGAUCGAUCCCAAACAAGCGAAUACCAUCGAGGAGAAGCUGAGCAUCAUGGUGCCUGCCUUGGUUCUAGAUGGGGAUGCGGAACUCGUCAAGUGGGUGAGCGAAGUUCUGGGGUCGGCCGUAGAGGAACGAGAUGCCUGGGAAGAGCAGGAGAAGGCCCUCCGCGAAGCAGGUGCAGAGAGCGCGAGGAUUCCCAACCCAAUGAUAUCUGUCAAACCUCGAGACGAGACAUGCCAGAACGCCAUGUUCUCGAACGCCAAGCUUCGUCUCUUGAUGACGCUCGUCAAAUUCGAGCGACUUGGUGUGGAAGACGUGGCGGGAGCCUCUUGGGUGAUCCCCUCGACUGCAACGGCGCAAUAUCUGCGAGAGAUGAAGUCAUUCAUUGACAAGUAUCUCGCCAAAGCGGAGAGGGGAAAUCUCGGACGUGACCCGCGCGAACUGAUCCGCCGCAAAUACGGUCCCAAGAAGAACACGAACCAGUCCGAGGCCCACGACGGCAUCAAUUUCGGGUCGGAUUCGGAGGGCGAAGAUGAAGUACCCGACGGGUUCUUGUUUCCGGCGAAUCCGCGGUCGAAGGCGAAUGCGCUCUUGGAGCUGAAGCAGAAGCGUAAGAAGCGCAAGCAGAAUGAUGACGAUGAAAGUAAGCCCCUCGAUGAGGCAACCCUCGAGGAGCGGCGCCGCGCCCGCGAGGAGAAUGCUCGAGCUCGCAUCGCGAAGAUCAAGAGUGAUCUCUACGUACAUGCCAGUGACGAGGAGACGGACGAUGAGGCAGACGAGAAGUUCUUCCGCCUGGAGGAACAGCGACGCAAGGCGCAGGCCGACCGCAUCAAACAGGCCAUGCUCCAUGGGGUUCCUCCAGAAGCGCUGGACGGCACCGGGAAAAAGGGGCAAGGCAAGCGCCAGAACAAGCGACAGCGGAGAGUCAGUCAGACUGACGGAGCAGACGAGGACGAUGAUAUCAUCAUGGGGGGCACGGGGGAUUUGUCGCCGGAGUCGCCACAGGACGACAUGCCCCGGGAUGAACUGGACGAUCUCCUGGAUUUUGAUGACGACCUCGCGUUCAGUCGUAACCGCGAGGACCUGUUAGGACCUUCUCGCGACGAUGAAGCCUCACAUACUAGCGAACCCGAGGUAGAAGGCGGCGCACAGGAUGAGGAGGAUGAAGACGCACCGAUCGUUGCAGCUACUUCACGCCGGCGGAUGCGCGCUGGAUUUGUGGUCGACAGCGAUUCGGAGUGAGAUGGUCUACAUGUAGCUUAAUGAUAUGAUGAGCGGGAGAUCUGGGGGCUGGCGAAGCUUUGUGUUGAACAUGGAAGCCAGCCCUCCAGCCACCUGUAAAAAAU